AUGGAUGUACCUGGAAACAUGCUUAGUGGCAUCCUGGAAGAAAACCAACUUGGUCUCCUUGGAGAAGGUCGUGUUGUAAUCAUCAAGGCAGUCCCGCAGAACAUCCUGGAUCAGAUCCAUGGCAUCGCAGACCUCCGAAUAAAACCUCCUGAAACAGAUGCAAUACUGGACUCGAUAGGGGACUACGCCCAGUGUAGGAGAGCUAAAUUCGUCCCAGGCUACUACCUGGUGGGGGAGGGCUUUGACGUGGUCACCCUGGAGCGUAAAGGCGUCUACCUGAUCAAUGUGGGAGCCUACAUGACCCCACGCAAGCUCAUGUCGUCUCUAUCGAAACCCUCAUCAAGGAAACUACCUGCAGAAACAGACUGGUGUCCAGUUACUCACUGUGAAGUUCAUCUGGAAGACACCGUCCACUCAUCCGCCAGGUUCUGUGCCAUAUCCGCCCCACGCCUCAGCCGGGAAUUCCGUAAAGAUCUGGAAAGGCUCCCAAGUUACUACAACUCCUCAAGCGAGGAUGAAUACAGAAACAUCAUCGACACCUAUGGGACACAUUACAUCCGCAAGGUUGACCUUGGAGGGCAAAUACAACGAUUCACGGCUACACGGACCUGUUUGUCCAAACUCAACGGCUUCGCCUCGGAUAAAGCACACGAGUGUUUGUCUGUGGGUUUCAAAGUGGGUCUGGGAAUACUCAGUCUGUCCGCUGCCCAUAGUUCCUGCUCCAGGCUCCUCAAGAACUACGGUCUGUCCACCAUGUCCCACUAUCAUCUCCACAACCACCGCACAGAGGUGGUGGGAGGCAAUGGCUGGAAUGGGGAGUUCUCUCUGAUGCACCAGGACUCCCAGGGCUUCCACAAGUGGCUGGAAUCCCUCAAAGACCACCCUGACGUCAUCUCAUACCGACUGAGGCCCAUGUACAAACUGGUGCCAUUCAGGGUCCAAAGGGACGCGUUGAAAGCCGCCACAGACCAGUACUUAAAGGAGAACUCCAUCACGUCUUCAGACAGAAGGCCGUCCUGUGGCUACUCCUCCAACCACGACUGGAACUGUUGUCCCAAACAGACGGGGAAGGGGCAGCUGAAGGUGACCCUCACUGGAGCCUGGAGUCUCAAUGGAGAUUGGUGGGGCCUCACUGAAGGGUGA